UUUUUUUUCUCAAUGACAAUCAUGGAUAUGAGUGUAGAUCGUGAUCAAGGUGUCAAUGACGAUUUUAUGUGGAAAAAUCAACCAUGGAGUGAUCUUACAAAUUCUGAAAAUUUUGGUGGUAACAGUAGCAAACAUAAGUUAUAUAAGAAACCAAUGAAUGAAAAAGAAGGUAUUAAUGAAGUAGAAGUUCAUGUGAAUAAAAAACGAAGUCGAGGUGGAGCUGUGAUUAGAACGGAGAAUAACAUUGCAAAUGGAGAAAAAAAAGAUGGAAGGUAUCACGACUCUGAAAAGGAAGUGCAUAUAUUCACAGAGAGAGAAAUGAGAAAUAAAAUGAAGAAUAUGUUCGUCAGUCUUCAUGCCUUACUUCUUGAACUACCUUCUAAGGUUGAUAAAUCAUCAAUUGUGGAUGCGGCAGUGAAAAAAAUAAACAAUCUAAAACAUGUUAUUAAACAACUAGAAAAGAAGAAGCAAGAAAAUCUCAAAUCUAUAUCUAAAUUUGGGACUGAGUCAUCAUUUAUGAGGAACUCACACUUGCACCCCUAUGAAUCAAGGGAACCAUUUAUAGCUGAUCAAAGAUCCUCUAGUUAUAAUAAUAACAACUUUCCUAUUAGGGUAAUGGGACAUGCACCACAACAAGUAGGUUUUCAAAAUUUGUCUUCUCCGAAUUUUGUCUUGAACAUUUGUGGUGCUGAAGCACAAUUUUGCAUGUGUACAACUAAGAAGCCAUGUCCCUUGACAAAAAUUGCUUUAAUGUUGGAGAAGUAUAGGAUUGACGUUGUAUCUUCCAGCAUUAUAAUCAAUGAAAAUGGACAUUUGUACAUGAUACUAAUUCAGGCAAAACAACGUUCAUUGGACACAAAUUCUAUGGAGGAAAUUUACAAGCAAGCAGCUAGAGAAAUUAUGACCUGGAUCUCUUAAAAUUUUCAAUAUGACAUUUUUCUUCUUAUUCAAUAUGAAUUUUAAUUUAGUUUUUCCCAUUCCAAAAAUAUUUAGAAAUGCCAAACUUGUAGGAUGGUCUUAAGGGAAAAAAGUAUAAUAGUUUAUUUUUAUGGAAUCAUGGUGUUUUUUGUUGUUGUUUUUAAGCACA